AUGCUUUCCGAUGUUCAUGUGUCGAAGUUGAAAGCUGGAUUCGACAUUAAAAGCAAACGGAUUUGCUUUCACUUCUCUCCCAGCUACCUGCCUCAUCCCCUCAAUCGAAUCCUCGUCGAUUUUCAAUUCUUUGCUCAACCAAGUUCCAUUAGACAUGGAAGCAUCGCAACUUUCCUGUCUUUCUCAGGAAUUCUAGGAUAUUCUUUUUUAGAUUUCUUUCUUUAUUUCUUUCUUUCUCGCUUUUGUUGCUUUAAUCUCUUUUUUUCUCUUUCUUUCAACUUUCUUUCUUUUUUUCUUCGGACUAUGUUUCCUUCAUAUUUCCUUCCUUUUCCUUCUUUCAUUUUUUCUUACUUUCUUUCGAAUCUGCAUCUUCUUAUUUCAUUCAUUUUCUUUCUUUCUUUCUUUCUUUCUUUCUUUCUUUCUUUGAACUCUUUUUUAUACUUAUCAUCUUCAUUCUCUGUCCAUUCGUUCUUUCUUCUUUUCUUUCUCUCUUUUUUCUUUCUUUGGCACUUUCUUUCCAUAUUUUCUUCAUUCUCUAUCCACUCUUUCUUUAUUUCUUACUUUUUUCGUUCUUUCCUUCUUUCUUAUUUUGUUUCUUUCUUUUGUUAUUUGUUCGUUGACACGUUUUCUUCAUAUUUUCUUCAUUCUCUAUCCCCUCUUUCUUUCUUUCUUUCUUUCUUUCUUUCUUUCUUUCUUUCUUUAGGCUCGGUUUUAUUCAUAUCUUAUUCAUUCUCUCUCCAUUCUAUCUUUUGUUCUUGUUUUCUUUCUUUGGCACUUUUUUUCCGUAUUUCCUUAAUUCUCUAUCCACUCUUUCUUUAUUUCUUACUUUUUCGUUCUUUCUUUCUUCCUUAUUUUGCUUCUUUCUUUCUUUCUUUGUUCAUUGACACUUUUUCUUCAUAUUUUCUUUAUUCUCUAUCCACUCUUUCUUUCUUUCUUUCUUUCUUUCUUUCUUUUGGCUCUUUUUUUAUUCAUAUCUUAUUCAUUCUCUCUAUUCUAUCUUUCUUCUUUUCUUUCGUUCUUUUUUCUUUCUUUGGCAUUUUUUCUUCAUAUUUCCUUCAUUCUCUAUCCACUCUUUCUUUAUUUCUUACUUUUUCAUUCUUUCUUUCUUCCUCAUUUUGUUUCUUUCUUUUUUUAUUUGUUCGUUCACACUUUUUCUUCAUAUUUUCUUCAUUCUCUAUCCACUCUUUCUUUCUUUCUUUUUUUUGGUUCUUUUUUAUUCAUAUCUUAUUCAUUCUCUCUCCAUUCUAUCUUUCUUCUUUUCUUUCGUUCUUUUUUUUUCUUUCUUUGGCACUUUUUCUUCAUAUUUCCUUCAUUCUCUAUCCACCCUUUCUUUCUUUCUUUCUUUCUUUCUUUCUUUCUUUCUUUCUUUCUUUCUUUGGGCUCUUUUUUUCUUCAUAUUUCCUUCAUUCUCCAUCUAUUCUUUCUUUCUUUCUUUCUUUUUUCUUUCUUUCUUUCUUUCUUUCUUUCUUUCUUUCUUUCUUUCUUUGGACUCUUUUUUCUUCAUAUCCCCUUCAGUCUCUAUCCAUUCUUUCUAUUUUUAUUCAUUUCCUUUUUUCUUCUAAUCUCUCUUCUCCUUUUUUUAUCAUUUCUUACCUUCCCAUUCAUCUUCAUUUCAUCCACUUCAUUGCCAGCCAUCCACACUCGCGCCCUUUUACCUUCAUCCUACACUCAUUGCCACCAUCGUCCUUCUUUUUAACUCUUCUCUCCUUUCAAAUAAACCCAUUCAUUCUUCACUUAGUGUCACCUGCCAAUAGAAAGGGUGCUACGGUUGGCUACAGCACGUAUCUAUCUAGCUAUCUAGCUAUCUAUUGUAGUCUCUUACUGAUCUAUCUAUCUAUCUAUCUAUCUAAAUAUAUAUAUCUAUCUAUCUAUCUAUCUAUUAUAACUGCUUUCUAUCUAUCUAUCUAUCUAUCUAUCUAUCUAUCUAUCUUCUCUAUCUAUCUAUCUAUCUAUCUAUCUCUAUCUAUUAUCUAUUAUACUAUCUAUUGCGGUCUGUUCAUUAUCUAUCUAUCAUCUAUCUAUCUAUCUCAUUCAGUCCAUAUCUAUCUCAUUCAUUCCAUAUCUAUCUAUCUCUAUCUAUUCCAUCUAUCUAUUCAUUGCAGUCUUAUCUAUCUAUCUAUCUAUCAUCUAUCUCUAUCUAUCUAUCUAUCUAUCUCAUUCAGUCCAUAUCUAUCUAUCAUAUCUAUCUAUCUAUCUAUCUAUCUAUCUAUCUAUCUCAUUCAGUCCAUAUUAUCUAUCUAUCUAUCUAUCAUCUAUCUAUCUAUCUAUCUAUCUAUCUCAUUGCAGUCUCAUAUUGAUCUAUCUAUCUAUCUUUAUCUAUCUAUCUAUCUAUCUAUCAUCUAUCUAUCUAUUGUAUCUCUUACUGUCUCUCUAUCUAUCUAUCUAUCUAUCUAUCUAUCUAUCUAUGUAUAUCUAUCUAUCUAUCUAUCUAUCUAUCUAUCUAUCUAUCUAUCUGUUAUCUAUGCAGCUAUGGUGCAGCUAUCUUUUUGCCAAUAA